AUGCAAAAUCCACCGAAAUUAUCUGAUGGAAAAAUACCAAUAUUUGUUUUUCCGACGUCGUUGACAUUUUACACUGAUGAUCAAGCUUCCCACAAGCAAGUCUUAACUCUGUACAAUCCUUAUGACUUCGCUUUGAAAUUUAAGGUAUUAAGUACCACACCUAGAAAAUAUACUGUAGUUGAUUCAGAAGGUACUAUUAGACCUAGAUGCUGUGUUGAUGUAGUAAUACGCCAUGUUGAUAUUUGUAUGAAUAAUGAAGGAGUUAAAGAUAAAUUUAGAAUACAAGUUUCUGAAUAUGGACAAAGAAAAAUACUAGGUAAGAAAGAUGUCCUAUCUGUACUAUUCCCAAAGAAAGAAACUGGACCUCAGACAGAAGAGAAUUUUCAUUCUUUACCACACAAUUGCAUAAACAAUUUCCUCCAAGUGAAUUUUAUUUUUACAGGACGUAGUGGAACUGGACCUAGUUAUAUUAUUAUAUUUACCGCCAUAAUGUGUAUAGCAGCCUUAGCCUUACCUACUCAAGGUGAUAAACUGGAAUCAAAGUGGCCAGAUUAUUUACACCUCUCUUUUUCUCAAAAGCUUAUAGCUGCUUAUAUUUUAGGUGAGUUUGGUUAG